GGAAAGAAAAAAAAAAUAAAGGGCACAUCACAGAAUCCGCCGAUUUCCGGUCACUGGAGAUUAACGGAUCCGCCUAAUUCCGGAUAUCUACGGAUCCUCCAGAAAAAAAAUAUCGAAACGCGAAGGAAUUGAGCAGAUUCCGAUCUCCGGUCCAAAGUCAAAUUUUAAUAUCCCGUUAUACUUUUUAAUCCAACUGAUACUUUGUAAAAGAGCAAUUUUACUAACGGUGAUCAGUAGAUCAGAUUCUGGGAAGACACUGAUUCACUAUCUGUUUUUAAUAAAACACUUUCCUAAUUAAAUAUUCUAGUUUUACGCCAAAGCAAAGGACAGGUCAAAAUUGGCUUGAACUUCAAAAAAUUGCGAAAUCUACUCAAAUUCGAUAGUGGUAGUCUGGAAACUUUCAUAUCUCUUGUGCCUUGGACCUUUAGAAUCGUCCACAAUUGACGAAAAAAUUUUAAACGCACAUUUUUUUUUCGAAAAAAAUUAAGUCCAAACGGUAUGUUUGGCACGCAGUUAUCCCAUAUAUGUGUUCAUAAUAAUUGAAAUAUUUGCUCAUAUUUAGCAAAUCUUUGCUUGGUUAUUGUGUACGUGAUUCAUCGAAAUUAAGAGUAAUGUCAGCGCAAGAUAAUGAUACAUUUGUACAACGAAUAUUACAAUGUCCAUUGCAAAAAUAUCGUGUCUCAUUAGCAUCAUUUGAUUGGAAUUAUUUUGACGAACAUCGACUUGCACUAUAUGGUUCAAACAGAGAAUAUUAUGAUUACAAUAUACCACCAAAAUCAAUAAUUGCUUAUUCGGCUAAAGAUGGUCUAUUAUGGUGUGAUGGUAAACAAACAAAUUCAUUUUUUAAAAAAGAAAAUAUUGAAAUGGUUGAAAGUAAAGUUGUGAAAUUUUUACUUUCACCACAGUCAGAUGGUAGUAAUACUAAAAGAAUGUCAGAGUCAAUACAAAUUGAUUAUAAAUCUGUUCAUAAAGAUUGUCAAACAACAGUAGAAAAAAUUCAACAAUCACUUAGACGUACUGGUCGUGAUCUAUUUCCAUAUUCUGGAAUAUUAGAUAUAUUAAAAGGUAAUUAA